AUGAAUUACGCCUACAGCGACGAGAAGUUUGAUGACGAGGGACUGAUGACACUGGUCAUAGAGGUGGAGAGCAUGGUGAACGCGAGACCACUGACUUAUCUGCCAAUAGAUUCGGAAGAAACAGAGGCCCUGACCCCUAACCACUUCCUUCUACUAAGUUCAAGCGGAGCGAAGUACGAUCGUGAAAAUAUAGACAAAACCCAACAAAGGCUCGCCGAAUCCGGAAAUUCAUAUCGAAUACACCUUCUUGGACGUUCGUGGGACAACAUUCAGAAUCAACUCGACAGAUUCUGGACCCGCUGGAUUAAGGAAUACCUCCCUGUGAUCAGACGACAAUCGAAGUGGUUCGAAAACGUGAAGCCAUUAGAAGAGGGAGAUGUCGUGAUGGUGAUAGAUCCUGCGAAGAGGAACGGAUGGGAAAGGGGCAGAGUUUUACAACUGAUACGGAACCCGGAUGGGAUCGCGAGACAGGCGAUGAUAAGAACUUCAAGUGGUGAUCACAAACGCCCGAUGUCCAGACUGGCGCUCUUAGAUGUUAAAGGUCGUGCGAUUCCGGAAAACGUCGAAACACACCAGGGGGAGACUGUCGCCAAGCCACCAGCUCAUCUGGCGACACUGGAUAAAUAG